AGUGGCAUGGCAUUCCUUCAAAUCAAUCACCGAGCACACGCACCUCACGGAACGGAUCUUCAUUCUCAUUCUCAAUCACAAACCGAACCUUUUGGAUCCAUUCAUUCAUGAUUUUUCUUCUCCCGUUUCAAUUUCUCAAUUCUUCUUCUUCUGAUUCAAUCCACAACCAAGUUACAUGAAUACAAAUUCAAAUCCAAAUCGUGUUCGUCUUUUCAUUUUCUCCUUCGAAUAUGGAACCUUUUGCCUUUAAUUUUCUCUUUCUCUUCUUGUUUUUGUGUAUUGCAGUUGCGUUCACAUUCAUAUUUUUUCACGCAUUGCUGUCUUGGAUUUUGAGUCGUAUUUUGUCUGCAUCUGUUGGAUUUUGUGUUGGUGGAUGCAACAGUUUACGAGAUGUGGUUGUGAAAUUUAAAAAGGGUCCUACUGAAUCUGUAUCUAUUGGUGAAAUUAAACUCAGCUUAUGCCAUUCCUCUGUCGAACCUGGUGUGGAUUCUCGUUCUUGGAAUCCAAAAUUGCAACUAUUAAUAUGCGACUUAGAAGUUGUUACGAGGCCUACAAAUAAAAGCCCUGCAAAUAAAAGCCAUGCGAAGAAGAAAACUCAGAAAUCCAAAACUCGUUCUUUAGGAAAGGGAAAAUGGAAGACUAUUGUCAAUAUUGCAAGAUAUUUAUCUUUUUCUUUGACAGGGCUAGUUGUAAAGACACCUAAAAGUAGUGUUGGGAUCGGGAAGUUGAAUGUUGAUAUAUCUAAAGGUGGUGGACCAGAGUCAAAUUUGCUUGUUAGUGUACAGAUAUUACCCAUUGUAGUUCACAUUGGUGAUCCUCAAGUCAGUCGUGAUCUAUUAUUGAAAUUCAAUGGUGGAGGAUGCAGUGUUUCUAGCCAGGCAUCUGUUGCUCCUAGAGAAAAGUCUUCUGCUCCUUUUAUCUGUGAAAAAUUCUCCGUUUCAUGUGAAUUUGGUCAUUAUAGGGAAGUGGGUAUUGUUAUUAAGAAUGUAGAUAUAUCCUGUGGCGAAGUUACUGUGAAUUUGAAUGAGCGGUUGGUUGUAAAAAGAAAGAGGUCAUCAGAAUCUCCAUCUGUCUCUGAUAGAAGUAUAGGGUCAAAUGUUGAUCAUACGAGCACAAAACCGUCUUUAACGAAGGAAGAAAAACUAGCACGCUACAGUUCUUUGUUUCCUGAGAAGGUUGGCUUCAAUCUACCAAAGCUGAAUGUGAGUUUUGAGCAUUGCGAAUAUGGUCUUUCUGUUGAAAAUUACAUCACUGGUAUCCAAUUUAACAGCAUCAAAUCACGCUCCAACAAGGAUAUUGGGGAGAGUGCACGACUUCAUAUUAAACUGGAGUUCAGAGAAAUUCAUCUUCUUAGAGAAGCUGACGCUUCCAUCCUGGAGAUAACAAAGGUGAAUCUGGUCUCCUUUGUGUAUGUCCCAGUUCAGUCAAUCUCACUUCUUAGAGCUGAAAUCGAAAUCAAGCUUGGACGUUCACAAUGCAACAUAAUUUUGAGCAGAUUGAAGCCUUGGUUGCUCAUCCACUCCUCCAAAAAGAAAAAAGUUGUACUUCGAGAGGAAGCUUCGGUUGCAAAACCAAAAUCAAAUGAUAACAAGACAAUCACAUGGACAUGUAAAUUUUCAACUCCUGAGAUGACAAUCAUGCUUUAUAAUAUGGCUGGUUUUCCGGUGUAUCGUGGUUGCUUACAAUCACCACAUCUCUUUGCAAAAAACAUUUCAAAUAUGGGGACCUCUGUACACUUUGAGCUUGGUGAAUUCAAUCUCCAGCUGGCUGAUGAAAAUAAAGAAUUCUUGAAAGAAACCAUUUUUGGUGUGGAAUCAGAUUUUGGCUCCAUUAUUUACAUUACAAAGGUUAGUUUGGAUUGGGGCAAAAAGGACAUGAAAUCGUCUGAAGAAGAUGGUCCAAGGUGUAUGCUAGGUUUAUCAGUUGAUGUUACUAGCAUGGGAAUUUAUCUAACUUUCAAGCGUUUAGAAUCAUUAAUAUCAGCAGCGAUAUCCUUUCAAGCUUUAAUGAAAAGCAUAUCUUCGAAGAAAAAAUCAACUCAAAGCCGAGGGCGUUCAUCAAAAACAUCGGGUAAGGGAACUCAAAUGUUGAAAUGCAGUCUUGUACAAUGUUCAGUAUAUAUAUUGGGGGAGACUGGAUUGGAAAAUACAGUUGUUCUAGAUCCCAAACGAGUUAAUUACGGUUCACAGGGUGGCAGAGUUAUAAUAGAUGUGUCGGAAGACGGUACCCCACGCAAUGCAAAGAUAGUGUCCACUGUUUCUGAUGACUACCGAAAACUAAAGUACUGUAUCUCUCUUGAAAUCAUUCAAAUCACGUUAUCUGUAAACAAGGUGAAACAGUCUACACAGAUAGAACUUGUAACAGCCAGAUCUAUCUAUCAGGAAUAUGUGGAAGAAAAUAGGCCAAUGACAAAGGUGGCAUUAUUUGAUAUGCAAAAUACUAAAUUUGUGAAACGCUUAGGGGGCGUCAAAGAGAAUGCAGCUUGUUCUCUUUUCAGUGCUACUGACAUUACAAUGAGGUGGGAGCCUGAUGUUCAUCUAUCACUAAUUGAACUUGUUCUCCAGAUGAAACUAAUUGUACACAAUAAGAAGCUUGAGGAAUGUGGUAAUGAACAUGUGGAAGAUUCAUCUAAUGUAAGAAAUACCAAUUCAAAAAAUGAAGCUACCACGGAAUCACGGAAUCUUGAUAAGAAGAAAGGUUCUAUUUUUGCUGUUGAUGUUGAAAUGUUGAAUAUAUCUGCUGGGCUAGGAGAUGGAGUUGAAGCUAUGGUUCAAGUGCAGUCAAUUUUCUCUGAGAAUGCUAGUAUAGGAGUGCUAUUUGAAGGACUAAUGAUCAAUUUUAAUGGGGCCAGAAUCUUGAAGAGUAGUAGGAUGCAAAUUUCACGAAUUCCUAGCAUAUCUGCUAGUGCAUCUGAUGCAAAGGGACCUGCAGCCACAACAUGGGACUGGGUAAUUCAAGGUCUCUAUGUCUACAUUUGUUUGCCAUACAGAUUGGAAUUGCGUGCUAUUGAUGAUGCUCUUGAGGAUAUGUUGCGAGCGUUAAAGCUUAUUGUGGCAGCAAAAACUAAUUUGAUUUUUCCUGUGAAAAAGGACAGUUCUAAGGCCAAAAAACCUAGUUCAUCAAAAUUUGGAUGCAUAAAGUUUUUCUUACGCAAGUUAACUGCCGACAUUGAAGAGGAACCAAUCCAAGGAUGGCUUGAUGAACACUACAAGAUGUUGAAGAAGGAAGCUGGUGAAUUAGUUGUCCGGUUAAACUUUCUAGAUGAAUUUAUAUCGAAGGCCAAGCAAGAUCCAAAAACUUCUGAUGACUUAAAUAAUUCUUCUAAAGAGGGAAAACUUUAUUUUAAUGAUGUUGAGGUUGAUGUAAAUAAUUCCUCAAUUAUUGAAUCCAUGCGAGAAGAAAUAUAUAAACGGUCAUUCCGAUCAUAUUACGAGGCAUGCCAGAAGAUAGUGUUUUCUGAAGGCUCAGGUGCUUGUAAGGAUGGCUUUCAAGCUGGUUUCAAACCUAGUGCUUCAAGGUCUUCUCUUUUUUCGAUAUCUGUAUCAGACUUGGAUCUAAGCUUGACAAAAAUUGAUGGUGGAGAUGCUGGGAUGAUUGAGUUUCUGAGGAAACUUGACCCUGUUUGUCUUGAGUGCGAUAUACCAUUUUCCCGAUUGUAUGGGGCAAAUAUUCUCUUAAAUAUGAGUUCUCUUGUGGUUCAGCUUCGAAAUUAUACAUUUCCUCUUUUUGCUGGAAGUUCUGGCAAAUGUAAAGGCUGUCUUGUGUUGGCUCAGCAGGCAACUAGCUUUCAACCCCAAAUACUUCAAGAUGUCUAUGUUGGGCAAUGGAGAAAGGUGUGCAUGCUUCGAUCAGCUACUGGUACGACACCACCAAUGAAGACAUUCUUAGAUUUACCAAUACAUUUUCAGAGAGGCGAAGUGUCAUUUGGGGUGGGUUUUGAACCAGUUUUAACGGAUCUGAGCUAUGCUUUCACCGUGGUGAUGCGGAGGGCUAAUCUAAGUAUUAGGAAUCCUGGCCCACUUAUUCUGCCACCGAAAAAGGAGAAGAGUUUGCCAUGGUGGGAUGAUAUGAGAAAUUACAUUCAUGGAAGAACUUCCUUAUUAUUUUCUGAAACUAGAUUUAAUAUUUUGGCUACUACAGAUCCAUAUGAAAAUCUUGAUAAACUUCAAAUUGUGACUAGCUCUAUGGAAAUUCACCAGUCAGAUGGUCGUAUUUUACUUUCUUCCAAAGAUUUCAAGAUUUUUUUGAGUAGUUUGGAAAGUUUGGCAAACAAACGUGGUUCUAAAAUUCCAGCUGGCGUCUCUGGUUCAUUUUUGGAAGCCCCAGUCUUUACAGUUGAAGUUACAAUGGACUGGGAUUGUGACUCUGGAAAACCCUUGAACCAUUAUUUAUUUGCACUUCCAAUUGAAGGGAAAUCUCGUGAAAUAGUAUUUGAUCCCUUCAGAUCCACUUCUCUUUCCCUUCGAUGGAACAUCUCUUUUGGAUCCGGUCUUCCUUUGUCAGAAAAAAAACAUCCAUCGUCCACAGCAAGAGAUAGUAUAGAAGGAGAUGUUAAUGUACCUCAUCCUCUUAAAAUUUGUCAGAAUGAUUCACCUGCUUCUCCAACAUUGAAAUUCGGUGCUUAUGAUCUAGCAUGGAUUAUAAGAUUCUGGAACUUGAACUUUCUUCCUCCACAUAAACUGCGCUCCUUCUCACGAUGGCCUCGUUUUGGAGUUCCAAGACUUAUCAGAUCAGGCAAUCUUUCACUUGAUAGAGUGAUGACCGAAUUUAUGUUGCGUCUUGAUUGCACACCAAUCUGUAUUAAGAACAUGCCUUUACAUGAUGAUGAUCCAGCUAAAGGACUGACCUUAAUGAUGACAAAGCUGAAGCUUGAACUAUGUUUUAGUAGGGGCAGCCAACAUUAUACUUUUGAAAGCAAACGUGACCUUCUUGAUCUUGUUUACCAAGGUAUCGACCUUUAUAUGCCCAAGGGUUUCCUAAUUAAAGAAGAGUACGGAAAUGUUGCUAAAUCAAUUAAUGUGAUGCCAAAAAACUCACAAUCUGCAUCCGAGGAGAAAACUUUCUCUGAAAAGGGUUAUUUUACACAGAAAAAUAACGAUGAUGGAUUUCUGUUUUCUUGUGAUUACUUUACCAUACGAAAACAGUCUGCAAAGGCUGAUCCUGAUCGGUUAUUAGCCUGGCAUGAAGCCGGAAGAAGAAAUUUUGAGAAGACGAAUGUACAGUCUAACUGUGAAAAACAGAGUGAAACUGAUGAGCAUAUGGAAUCAGACCCAAGCGGUGAUGAUGGGUACAAUGUGGUGAUAGAGGAUGAUGGGUACAAUGUGGUCAUAGCCGACAGUUGUCAGCGUGUGUUUGUCUAUGGUCUAAAGCUUUUGUGGACUAUAGAAAACAGAAAUGCAAUUUGUUUCUGGGCUGGCGGUCUAUCCAAAGCUUUUGCACCUGCCAAGCCUUCUCCUUCCCGGCAGUAUGCACAGAGAAAAUUAUACGAGAACAACAACAAGCAAGAUGGAACUGAAACUAGUCAAGAUGAGGCAUGUGAAACCCAUCAAGAUGAUGAAACUGAAACGCAUAGAGAUGAUGGAGCUGAAACCCAUAAAGAUGAAGGAGUUGAAACCAAUCAAGAUGAAGUUAGUAAAUUCCUUCCUACUGGUAACAUCUCAGAUUCCCCCUCUUCUCUGGCUGCCAGUACCUCAGAGAUCCCUUCAUUCCCAUCACAUUCACUUAAGCUGGACAGCUUACCAUCUGCUAAAUAUGAAAAUACAGACGAUUCGAAGGAGGGGACUGAUUCGAAGGAGGGGACUCGACACUUCAUGGUUAAUGUUAUUGAACCACAAUUUAAUCUUCACUCAGAGGGCGCAAAUGGUAGGUUUUUGCUUGCUGCUGUAAGUGGACGCGUUUUAGCCCAAUCGUUUCAUUCAGUUCUUCGUGUUGGCCAUGACAUGAUUGAGCAAGCACUUGGUACAACAGAUGAAAAUACUAGUCAAUACGAGCCUGAAAUUGCAUGGAAAAGAAUGGAAAUAUCUGUAAUGUUGGAGCAUGUGCAGGCGCAUGUAGCACCAACAGAUGUUGAUCUAGGGGCUGGGGUUCAGUGGCUACCAAAAAUUAUUAGAGGCUCUCCAAAAGUAAUGCGUACAGGUGCACUUCUUGAGAGAGUUUUUAUGCCCUGUGACAUGUACUUUCAGUUCACAAGGCACAAAGGGGGCACUCCAGAAGUGAAGGUGAAACCCUUGAAGGAGCUCAAGUUCAAUUCUCAUAAUAUUACAGCAACAAUGACAUCUCGCCAGUUUCAAGUCAUGUUGGAUGUGUUAAACAAUCUUCUAUUUGCACGGCUUCCAAAGCCUCCAAAAAGUAGCCUGACACUUUCUGUUGAAGAUGAUGAAAAUGACGAAGAGGAAGCAGAUGAGGUGGUUCCUGAUGGUGUUGAAGAGGUGGAACUUGCAAAAAUCAACCUCGAAAAGAAAGAGAGGGAACAAAAUUUGCUUCUUGAUGAUAUGAAAAAGUUGUCGUUUUGGUGUGACACUUCCAACGGAAAGGAACCAGAAAAGGAACAAGACUUGUGGAUGAUAUAUGGUGGAAUAGCCAUGCUGGUCCAAGGACUGAAGAAAGAACUUGUAAGUGCAAAGAAAUCCAGGAAGGAAGCAUAUGCCUCGUUAAGAAUGGCUAUGAAAAAAGCUGCACAGGUGCGGCUAAUGGAGAAGGAGAAAAACAAAAGCCCUUCCUAUGCUAUGCGCGUAAUUUUGCAAAUUAACAAAGUUGUUUGGAGCAUGAUUCUUGAUGGUAAAUCCUUUGCUGAAGCCGAAAUCAAUGACAUGAUCUAUGACUUCGACCGGGAUUAUAAGGAUGUGGGUAUUUCUCAGUUUACAACAAAAUAUAUUGUUUUCAAAAACUGUCUUCCCAAUGCCAAAUCUGACACGAUUGUGUCAGCAUGGAAGCCUCCAGAUGAAUGGGUAAAUAAAGUCAUGCUUCGAGUUGAUGCGAGACAGGGAGCUCCAAAGGAUGGAAGUUCUCCCUUUGAACUUUUCCAAGUGGACAUAUAUCCACUUAAGAUCCAUUUAACAGAGACAAUGUACAGAAUGAUGUGGGGAUAUUUCUUCCCAGAGGAAGAACGAGAUUCACAACGCCGGCAGGAAGUUUGGAAGGUCUCAACCGCAGGUGGUGCAAGGCGUGUAAAGAAAGGUUCAUCAGCCCAUGAAGCUUCCAUUUCAAGUAAUCAGUCGACAAAAGAGUCCGAGGCCUCAUCCAAAUCUGGCAUUUCUGCAUUGCUUUUUCCUGCAACCAAUCAGCCUUCUGGUUCUACACAAACAUCCAAAGCACAAAAUGUCAAAAUAGUUCCUGGUGCUGGUUCAACCCCCGAAUGUGAAGAGACUGUGGCAGAAUCUGUAGCUGAUGAAAAUGGCCCAUUUGGCUCAACAGAGCAGAAAGAUGAAGUGUCCAAGAAUAAAUCAAAAGAUGUGAAAGGUGUAAAAGCUGGUCAAUCAUCUCUUGAAGAAAAGAAGGUGGCUAAGCCACAAGAUGAUAAGAGAUCUAGGCCAAAAAAGAUAAUGGAAUUUCACAACAUCAAAAUUAGUCAGGUGGAAUUGUGUAUUACGUAUGAAGGGCAAAGGUUUGUUGUAAACGAUAUGAAAUUAUUGAUGGAUCAAUUUGUCCGAGCCGAGUUUACCGGGACCUGGCAAAGACUCUUCUCACGAGUUAAGAAGCACAUCAUUUGGGGAGUCCUAAAGUCUGUGACUGGCAUGCAGGGGAAGAAAUUUAAAGACAAAGGUCAGAAUCAGCCAAGUGGAGCUGGUGCUCCGGAAGGUGAAGCUAAUCUUAGCGACACUGAAGGCCAUGCAGGAAAACCUGAUAAGUUUUCACCAUCUUGGCCUAAGCGUCCUACUGAUGGAGCAGGCGAUGGAUUUGUAACAUCCGUUAGAGGAAUAUUUAACUCUCAACGCCGUAAGGCAAAGAAAUUGCUUAAGCCAAAGAAAGAUGAAGCAGAAAAUGAAGGUCAUGGAGAUUUGAGUGAGAAUGAGGUAGAGACCACUCAUUUUGCUAGGCAGCUCACAAUAAUAAAAGCUAAAAAGCUUUUUAAGCGGGACAAUAAGAAGCCCCCCCACUCUAAAGGACAAAAAGGUUCAUCCUCAAUACAAAAUGAAGAACUACCAUCAUCUUCAAAAGAGGCAAUUGCAUAUGACAGUGAUUCAUCAAGUGGAUCCUCAUCAUCCUAUGAACUUAUUCUUGAAUAGAAAUGUUUAUAUAAAGGAAUUCUAACAUUUCAGCUUAGCAUGAAGCACGUUUUAUCUGGUUCUUAUAUGACUAAAAGGAGGCAAGAUCUUGACAGCUGAUCUUUCUCAAUCAGCAGCAGAUACCUGUAAUGAAUCCUUAACAGAAGACAAACUGGAGAGGGGGGAACAUAAAAAAUGGAAGGAGAAAUUGGGACUCAACAUUGGAUAAUGAAUGAUUGAUGUGGAUUUCUAUUUAGUGUAUAUGAUCAAUGGUUACCUUAGUCAUUGUAGAUAAUUCCACUCACCUUUUGUUUUACAUUUUCUAUCCUUUGUCAACCACAUUUGCCAAUCUAACUAACAUAAUCACCAAUGUCAAGCCUUACCAUCUUUUGUGUCAAAACAUUUUCUGGUUGUAUAUUGUUGUAGCCUGUGGUGAACGUGUAAUUAUGGGCUAAUUUAUUUUUAAGAAAAUAAAAGCAUAAAAGUUUGACAA